AUAAGAGACUACGCAUACAUAUACGUAUAUAUCCGUUGACACAUACAAUACCGCCACAGAGGCCUACAUACUGCACUACUGUGCGCGGACGAGAAAUCGUUAGAGUAUAGGAUGAAACAAAGCCAGAAAGGUGACUUGAGGACGGAAUUUUACUGGGAUUAACUGGUCAAUAAGGACAUCGAGAUGAACUGAUCAACAAUCCCGCCAACUGACAUUUUUAGCGAAAAUUCAAGAUGGCAGCAGUGGAAGUACCGCGACCUCUCCAAGGGCACGUUACCAUGACAAUGGAGGAGGGCGUACCGGAAAGGACAAAAGGUGUGGAGGAUUUGGGUGAGGAUGAGCUAGGGAUUUAUGAGGACAAUGCUGAAUGCGCCGACCUCACGGACUCUGAAUUCGAAGACAUGGACUGGACUCAGCCUGCCAGCAUCAAACCAGCAGUGCUGGGCUCGGUGGCCGAGGGAAUCACUGUUAUACAGGAAGAAAAUGAGCCUGCAUCCGGUGAGUCAUGUGACGGCGAGGAGCAUCGUCUACAACUCGAUGAAAGCUUCCGAAGAAGUUCACCAGAAAGGGUAACACAAGAAGAAAUGAAAAUGAGACCGUCAGUAUUCAUGACGGACUCGGGGGACAUCAAAUUAAACUUACCAUCAGAUCUACACGAAAAUUCCUUAGAGAUACACUCACCAGAAUCACGUGAUUGUCCUGGUGUGAGGGAGCAACGAGAGACAGCUCCUCCUAUCGAUUCCACCACAGAGGGGGACAAGUCUCUAGUGUCAUUUAGCUAUGAAAACAUGAAACUAGAGGAAAGGCCGGGAAGUGGAAGUAGUGCAGACUUGCAGAACUCGGCGGGAUUACGUGGAAAGGCGAAUACCCCGGUCAGUUGCCUUGUUGACUAUCAAGAUGGGACAGAGUCUAGACAGCUUCAUUCCAGGAAUGUAUCCCGCUUGAUGGGAACAGAAUCCCGAGAGGCUAUCUACCGACAGGCCAUGAACCUGAUGUCCGCGCGGUGUGUCAGCAAACAGAUAGAGGAAAGUCCCUGGAUGAACCCGUUUGGCAUCCCAGAUCCAGAAUACUUCUACGUGGAACAGAACAAACCUGUCCCUAUGCCGCCAUUAAAGGCUUGGCGAGGAUAUAAUGGAAAUGUAUAUUUCGAGCCGAUACAAGUCAGUCCAAUGAAAGGACCGCCUAUCCAACAAGAUGGUGAUAUUGUGGAGAUACCACGGUCUCAGUCUCGCCUAUCCUAUCCUCAGUACCGCGAGGCGGGGCAAUCGCGUGCCCAACCCUCUCCCAUCAGAAGCUCAUCCCUGCCCUCUUACCCUGUAAAACUCUCCACGUCUAUCAACCGAUCGGGUGAACGUCAAAUGUCGGUUCUGGACAAGCGGUACGUCAUCAACCGGUUUAAUCCUACGAUACAAGAGGAUUUAGAAUGGAUUGAAGGCCAAGAGAACACAGGGACAUUAGCCAUCAACUCCCGGAAGAAGAGCAAUCAUCACAGUACUGAGCCCGUCAAACCACCCAGGGACAGGAUCUGUAAAGGCCUUGUGUCCCACAAAAACGCUCAUCUCAGGAAGAAAAAGUUACCCCAGUUGACGGUGUCGGGAGAUAAGUUCACCCCGCCUCCAACGCUUUCCCCUCUGCUCCGCACUCUUACCCAGUACUCCCUCAGUACAAAUAGAGUCACCAACAACAGCCCCGAACACGGCUACGAGAAACUACCUCCGCUGAAACACCUACAAGCCACACUACGCAGCAUCAACAACUCUAACGAGGACCCGUACAAGAAACCAGGAGUUCGAUCCCGGCAAGCCGCCAUCCGUGAAGAAUACAAACCUUUGGUGAAGUACAGCCCCGAUGUGAAAGCUAAGUAUGAAAAACAUCGAGGCAAAAUGACCUGAUAUCUACAGGCUCCUUGAACAAUGCUGAAAGGACAGUUUUCUCGCAUUGACAGCAAUCGGUUACUACCGUUGAGGGUCCAAUAUAUAUAUAUAUACACAUGUAUAUUGGUUACUGGAAGGAUAUAUGGGUUGAAGGUGACUCUACUAUCGUGUUAUCAUCCACUGGCAGCCCAAACGUAUGGCUGUAUGAAAGACUUUUGGGAUAUAAAAAUUGUUGUUUACCCGUUAUACGCAUAGAAUUUGGAAAGUUGCCAAACACAGACUUGUUGAACUGGGAAAUCUGGAGUUUUACGUGUCGACUUCAUCUAAGACUGCAUUUCAAGGGAGAUCAAGAUACCAACAUACAGUGUACGUGCCACUGCAUCAGGAUUUAAUGAAUCAAGAGUUGCAAUCCCAAGUCAGCCAAUUUUCCUUCAACAAAGACACCUGUUCGUUUCAUUGCUUUAAUCUAUAACUAUCCACAUACAAUGUUUUUCAAGACGUUCUAAGUUGACUUCAUUCAGAUUACGCCGAGGAUGAAGCCUGACAAGUCACAAAGUAUUGUGCGCUUUCUACAAACGAUAACAUAAUGGGCAAUUGAAGUUCACCCGCGUAACGGUGAUAUAAAUCGUCAGACAAUUGUUUCCUUUUUACCAGUUCGAUCAGUAACAUGCCGAUCUGUUCUGUUCAGACUUUUCGUGCAGAUUUUUCCUUGCCAAAUAAAAGUUAAAUUUAAUA